AUGCGAACAUCGUAUCCUGAGUGCCCGUUCAACCGACACGUCUUCGAAACACCUACGCAUCGCGGCUGGCCAGCCUUCUACAUCUUUGUCGGCGCCACGCUCCUAUACAGUCUCAUCGCCUACCGUAACAGACUCCGAUGUCUGCUGCAAGGCACAUUCUGGCUCCACUUCCUCAUCACCACCGUCAUCCGGGUCCUGUCUAUCUUCUCCGGCUGGAGCACCCAACCCAACUGGUCAAGCUUGGUCUGGAACUCCAACUCCGUCGGUAAGAUCUUCUGGCUAUGGCUGCUAGUCGAAAGCAGAUAUUGGAGCUGGAGCUACCUCGGUUUCUACGACGAUUACUACUUCCGCGAAGAGACCCGUACCGUGCACAACCGAGGCGGCGACCCAGUAUGGACCUUCACGUCUGAAAAGACGGACGACCCAACCGACAUGCUCUACUUCCUCUAUAGCCUCAUCUUCCGGCCAUGGCGCGACAUUGCAGUUCGCUUGUCGUACAUGCACCUCGUUGACAACGCAAUCCACGUCAUCUGGUUCCGAUACUUCCACGUCGACGCUCCCUACACUACUUACAUCAACAAUUCGGAGAUCUUGACUAUCCUCCUCUUCGUCACUCUGGCUGUAUACACUUACGCACGCAUGCGGACGCACGUGUACUUUGACGACAACGUUACCGGUCCGCUUGUCGAUAUCAAAAGCACAGUCCCGCUGCCCAUUCGAUCGGCUUCGCGCGAUCUUUUUACCUUUGCUUCGACGCAUCAUGUUUUUCGUGCGUGCUCUGAGAGGCGUCAGGCGUUCAUGAUUGCCUUGUGUUUAAUGACGACUGGGGCGCUGGCGACUUGGGAGUUGCAUUUGGGGUUCAAGAUCUUCUGGGCGCUUUGCUUUAACGCUACUUUGUUUAUGCUCGCGGCGGAGUUGGAGGUCAUGAGACAGACGGGUAGGAGGGAGUUGCUGAGGGAGAUUGAUCGUAUGUGA